CAACGCUUUAAUUAGAUAAUAAACAACUGACGAAUCACCUUCGAUUUGACCCGUGGUAUAUAAACAAUAUAUUAAAAUGGAACUUGUCGGUUUUGUACACAAGUAUGAGUGGGGAAAACUUGGGAACGAUUCUGCUGUGGCACAACUCGCCACUCUCAAUGAUCCAGAAUUCAAAGUUGAUCUGAACACUCCCUAUGCAGAACUGUGGAUGGGCUCUCAUCCCAAUGGACCAUCCAAGUACAAGUCAAGCGGUACUAAAUUGGAGGAAGAGUUACCAUUUUUAUUAAAAGUGUUGAGCAUAAAUAAGGCGCUGAGUAUCCAAGUUCAUCCCAACAAAGUGGAAGCUCAACAAUUGCAUUUAAAGGAGCCUACAAUUUAUAAAGACCCAAACCAUAAGCCUGAAAUGGCGAUUGCCCUUACACCUUUUGUUGGAUUAUGUGGGUUUCGACCCCUUCCCGAAAUAAGAGAUAUACUCAUGAGUAUACAGCCACUCAAAGAAUUGACAGUGGAUGAUCCUAAACAGAUGGAUCUUCUCAUGGCAAACGAUGAAGAAGGACUGCGUUAUUGUUAUAAAAAACUCAUGAACACGGAUGCAACUACAAUUGGACAAUGCAUUGAAACUAUUUCGAGAGAUUAUUCGGAAUUGUUAUCUGAAUACGAGCUACUUAAAAUAUUCAACAAACUUAAAGUGGAUUUUCCAAAUGAUGUUGGAGUACUUUCUCUUUUCUUUUUGAACGUUGUACGCCUGGAGCCUGGUCAGGCUAUGUUCCUUGGAGCAAAUCAAAUACACGCUUACUUAUCGGGAGAUGUUGUAGAGUGUAUGGCUUGUUCGGACAAUGUAAUACGUGCUGGAUUGACUCCCAAGUAUAAAGAUAUCAAGCAACUACUGAACUCAUUAGAGUAUAACGGCGCCCCACCAUCAAGUAAAAUUUUUGUACCGGAACGCUUUGACAACCAACGUCUGCUAUUCAAACCACCCGUUGAAGAUUUUGCUCUGACGCAAUUAACCUUGAGGCCAGCAGAUAAAGAGUAUGUUUUGAAAAUUGACCAAUCUCCUGGUAUAUUACUUGUACUCAACGGCCAACGUACUUUAAAGACGAACACCAAUAAUGGAGCGAAAUUAAAACGUGGAUCGAUUGUGUAUUUGCCUUGGGAAAUUGGCACCGAAGUACAUUUCGUUUCAAGUGAAGAAAGCGAAAAUGAUUUUCUAGCUUAUAUCAGCACCCCCAAUGCGCCUUAAUCUUCGACACUUCGACAGCUGAUCCAUAGAUCAAUUUUAUAAUGCGAAAAUGCCUGUCUAAA